GCCUUGGUUAGAUUCUCAUCGUCCAACCACCUACCUAAUUAUCUACCCACACAUAUUUUUACAGGCAAAAUCAGUACAUAAUGAACGCACCCGAUCGUUUUGAGUUAUUUGUGAUUCCUGAAGGAAGAAAGAAGGUAGAGAUGGAAGUCGAUACACGAAUUCCCAAUGCUGCGACAUUUAGAAUCGAGCGUGAGGAUCACACAUUGGCCAACAUGCUUCGCGCGCAGCUCCUCAAGGAUCCUCGUGUAUUGUUCGCAGGAUAUAAAGUACCUCACCCUCUCGAACACAACUUCCUCAUAAAAGUCCAAACAGUACCCGGAACAGCACCUGGCGAAGCACUCAAGGAUGCUACAUCUGAGUUGAUUUCUGAAAUCAAUGCUCUCAAGAACAAGUUUGAUAUGGACGUUAUUAGACACCGAACAUUCGAAGAUGCCAAACAAAGUCAGGCAGGUGGUGUAGGUCGUGGCUAUGAGGCUGACCAAAUGAGCGGCAUGGAUCAACAUCGUGCAGCCAUUGAUGUUGAUUUCUAAGAUGAUUUUCAUCCACCUGUAACAUAUCCCGUCAAACACAUAUUCUGCAUCCACAAAAAAUAUAUAUUCACCGAUAAUGAACGGAAUGAACAAAUUGACAAAAGAAA